AUUUCGUGUCCUCGUUAAUGCAAUCUUUUGUCCAAAUCAAAGUGUCAAGUGGUACUACCAUUACCAGUCAAAAGAUAUAUUAGCACUGCUAGUGUUAAAACCACCCCUGACGAGAAAAAAACAAGUGUAUAAAGUCUUGAGAAAUGUUUCUAGUAAUCGAACAGGCAAGAAAAUUGGUCUUACUAUGUUCACCGUUUCUUAUCAGAACUCGUUUUUACAGUUUUCAUUUCAAUUCUUACUGUACGUAUAGAAAAAUAUCAAAAAGGUAAACAAUUACCGGCCUUGUUUGAUAACUAUGAUCAUAUCAGUGAAAUGAGAUGACUUGAAUUAGAAAAAUACACACACACACACAUUUCAGUUAACUGGUUAAGGUGACAUUGUGAAAUAAGAAAUGUUUGUUUGGAUGUUUACAAAAACUCUUUGAGCAUCGUGAUGCACACAUCGUGCUCUUAUACUACCAGGGGAAUUGAGAUUAAAACUCUUGUCACCUACGCAAACAUACCGACACUCGAAACGUUGGCGCUACUCACGAAACUUGUUCUUAGACAUACAAUACGCUAUUAGAAGCUAAAAAAACCUAUGUUUUAUCGAAAUAAUAUUUUUUUUCGGACUAAACUCCCCGGAAAAGGUUCUCGAGUCUCAUUUUUCUCUUCGUAUUAGCAGAUCGGCGUCAGUGUGUAUAUUGUGUGUGAUCGUGGAAAAUCAUGAUUCAACGCAAGAAAAAGCCGCUUAUGGUCAUGUAGGAUAUUGGAGGGAGCAGACAACACAUUUAAUUAUAUCAUCUUAACUAAAAGGUAUAUAUACUCUGAGAAGUUAAGAAUAAGAAAGUGUUAAGUUUUAAGCGAACUGCAAGUGCACCAAUAAACAUGCAUAAAAUAUAUAUACUUUCUGUAUGUUUUUUUUAAUAAACAUACUCUGUGAACGUCGAUUUUUCUUGCACAUAAGCGCUCUUGCAUUUUUGCGCACCGCGUUUUUUCGCGCGCCAAAACAACAAACUUGUCUUUCUUCCUGUGGCGAUCCAUGCGAGUAAGCCUGGGUAAUAGUUAUUGUGUAUCAUAUCUGCAAAUGGCGGCCCGAAAUGUUCGAAUAUCAAGCUGGUUUAAAGACGCUUUGUCGAUCGCGUGAUUGAUAACAAAAAUGUCUUCACGUAUACUAAAGUUCGAAGUCCCAGAAGGCAAAGAAGAAAUAGUAAGAGAAGCCAUUAGGACAAUAGAGGGCUGUAGAGAAAUACCAACACCAACUGAGACCGAGAGAGACAAAAAAGAUGACAUGAUUGUGAAUAGCACAAACCCAAAGGAGAUUGUAGAACGUGUGAGCCUUUGGCUCAAAAGAAAUAGGGUAUCCCAAAUCCAAUUCGCCAAGACUAUUCUAGGCAGGGGGCAGCCGACCCUAAAUGCUUUACUAGCUCAAGGGCAAACAGAGGAGUGGCCAAAAGAAGGGACAAAGAGGCGGCACUAUAUCAAAAUGUACGACUUUAUGGAAGACGAAGAUUUACAGAGCACCCUGAGAUUAGCUGGUGCUAAAUAUGAGCACCAAAGAGUAAAGGUUUACUCACACGAGCACAUCCACAGACCUAGGACACGCUUUAGUGAUUUACAGCUUGCAGCGCUCGACAUGCUCUUCACCAAAACUCAAAACCCAUCUGUGGAAGUUUUAGAAGAGUUAUGCAAUACUUUGCACUUAGAAUUAGCACAGGCACAAAUAUGGUUUCAAAACAAGCGGCGACUGCUAAAGGAAAACGCUUACACCCCUGGCCAGUACCAGUUUGGUGCCCCGACUACUGUGAGAUUAGAUUCUCCAAGUAUUGAAGUGAAUAUAUCAAGUGAUGAUAAAGUAAAUAUACCGAGAGACAAUGAAGUAAAUAUACCAAGUGAUAUUGAAAACAACACAGAAUCUGUCAGCAUAGAUGUUCCAAGUAUGGUAGUAGAUAUACCUAAUGAAAACAAAAUCAAAUCAGAAUCUAGGACCGCUCAAGGGCAAACAGAGGAGUGGCCAAAAGAAGGGACAAAGCAGCAACACUAUAUCAAAAUGGACGACUUUUUGGAGGACGAAGAUUUACAGAGUACCCUGAGAUUAGCUGGAGCUAAAUCUGAGCAUCAGAAAGUAAGGGUUUACACACAAGAGCACGUGCCCAAACCCAGGACACGCUUUAGUGAUUUACAGCUUGCAGCGCUCGACAUGGUCUUCACCAAAACUCCAAACCCAUCUGUGGAAGUUCUAGGAGAGUUGUGCAUUACUUUGAACUUAGAAUUAGCACAGGCACAAAUAUGGUUUCAAAACAAGCGGCGACUGCUGAAGGAAAACGCUUACACCCCUGGCCAGUACCAGUUUGAUGUCCCGACUACUGUGAGAUUAGAUGCCCCAAGUAUUGAAGUGAAUAUACCAAGUGAUGAUAAAGUAAAUAUACCAAGUCAUAUUGAAAACAACACAGAAUCUGUGAGCAUAGAUGUUCCAAGUAUUGAAGUGAAUAUACCAAGUGAUGAUAAAGUAAAUAUGCCAAGAGACACUGAAGUAAAUAUACCAAGUGAUAUUGAAAACAACACAGAGUCUGUGAGUUUAGAUGUUCCAAGCAUUGAAGAAAAAAUAUCAAGUCCUGCUAAAUCCUGACAUACGAGGAUACAUGAGUCUAGCGUUGCAUAUUCUCUUGAGGGAGGUUUGACUAUGCCCUAGGCGUUAGUAAAUCAUUUUACUUGUUUGAAAAUCUUUCACAUCUUAUUGACACUGAAUUGAUUCUGUUGGGUUAUAGAAGAUUCACAUCACAGUUCACUCCAACUUCAAACGAGGCAGUGCGUUACUGGGAUCCUUAGAGUGGCCGACCGAACACUGCGAACUACCUUAAUUUUCUCGACGUCAAAAUUUCGCGAUUUUGAGAUGGCGAUAUUUCGCGACACUUUAUUUUCGCGAUUUUCCUAUUUUCGUAAAAACCAGAUUACUUUAUUUUCGCGAUUUCGCGAUUUUGGAAUAAUAAUAUCAAGCAAAACAGGUGGAAUUAAAAUGUGCUGUAAUCAUCAAAACUGAAAAAAAAAUUGUAACAAAAAGAUGCGAGGGCUAAUUUUAGUUUCAUAAAAAUCUAUAAAUACAAGUCCAAACUUUGGUUGGUUGAGGCUCAACCCCUUACCGUACUAUAUGUACAUUUAGACACACAAGGUGUUUCCACAAAGCUUAUUAAACUGCCAAUAUUUACCAAAAGGCUUCUGGUGUACUCACUUAAUUUUCGCGCAUCAUAAUUUUCGCGGCACUUAAUUUUCGCGUCAUUAUAUUGUGUAAUAAGGUACUCAUAGUAUUAUUUUAUAGUUGACAGUAUGUUGCAUUGGCUUGCGUUACACUCCACUUUAGUGCUAAGUAAAACAAGGUGUGCGUUACACUUCUAUUAAACAUCCUUCAAUAUAGACUCCAAGAAGUCGCUGUGUCGAGCGUCUGAGAAGUAAAACGGCGACUGCUUCGAGUCUGUGUUGUCUACCUCCUGUAAGGAAUGUGUUACAGCGGGCUGCAAGGUCACGGGAGGGUAAGUUUAAAUCUACAGCUUCCUUAGAGGAGAAGAGACAACCUUGGCGCGCUCUGAUACUGAACUUGCGUCUUCUUUCUAUCUGGAGUUCAACCGUCUUACACGUUUGUGGGAUAAUCGCUAAAUUCCAUGGUGCGCACCUUUCAAUAAUUGCUCUAGAUAUAAAAAAAAGCGACGUUAUUUAUAGCCAUGAUAGAUUUUGGUGCAUAUUAAUUUAUUGAUUUAAUCCCCUAAUUCGCUAGCUUGCCUCGAAAGUAAAUAAGGCAAGGAAAACAUCCCUGUCACAUAUUAUGUCUAGUUCGUUACUCAAGCAUACGCGAUGUCCCCUUACCAGAUCAAAGCAUGACGUCUCCGUUUAACUCAAUAACACCGCAGAAAACAAGUAGCCGCCUCCAGCAAGCGCGAAUCUCAACCU